AUGGAACAUAUCACAUUGACACAAAAUGGUGACAUGCCGUGGUGGAUCAGAUACCAGCCAGUAAGUUACAAGCUGAACUCACGAAGCGGAACUGAGCAAGAGUUUAUUGACAUGGUCAACAGAUGUAACGCAGUUGGCGUGAGAAUCAUCGUUGAUGCAGUCAUAAACCAUAUGACUGGAGUCUCACAGAAAAAAGGAGUGAAUGGGAGAGACAGCAGCGGAGGUUCAUAUUUCGAUGGAACGGACGGGGUCGAAAGCUUCCCUGAAGUAAGAUACAACCCGGAUCCACCACCACAACCAACCCAAGGUCCAGGCCCACAGCCUCAGCCUACACAAGGUCCAGGUCCACAGCCACCAUCACCAAUCCACUAUGAUGAUCCAUAUGAUGAUCCCAAUACCGUUUUCGAUCGACAAGUGAUGGUACACUUGUUCGAAUGGAAAUGGAAGGAUGUAGCAGCGGAAUGCGAAAACUUUUUGCAACAUCACGGAUACGGUGCCGUCCAGGUAUCACCACCUAUGGAACAUAUCACACUGACACAAAAUGGUGACAUGCCAUGGUGGAUCAGAUAUCAGCCAGUAAGUUACAAGCUGAACUCACGUAGUGGAACUGAACAAGAGUUUGUGGACAUGGUCAACAGAUGUAAUGCAGUGGGCGUGAGAAUCAUUGUCGACACUGUCAUUAAUCAUAUGACUGGAGUUGAUCAAAAGAAAGGAGUGAAUGGCCGAGACAGCAGCGGAGGUUCAUUCUUCGAUGGGAUGAACGGAGUAGAAAGCUUCCCAGAAGUAAGCCAAUGUAUUGGUAGGGAUAGAUUUUGA